UAAUAAAAGACUUCAACAACAACUCAACGCCAAGUUUUCAUCCUUCAUUACUCUUCCUUUGCCUUUCUUCAACCUAACCUAAAUCCUUCCAAAUUAAGGAACAAGAAAAACAAGAUGAGUUUCCAGGAUCUUGAAGCGGGGUUCGCUAGGCCACAUCCUAGUAAUUACUUGAAUUCUUCACAGCAAAAGCUGAGGCAAGAAAUAGGAGACACUUCGCCUUCGCAGUCGGUGGCGGCCGGGAUUUUCAAAUUAAGAACUGCUCUUUUGGCCUUUGAUCGCCUUGUUAAUUCCCUCGCUACCCCUAAAGACACCUUUGAAUUACGCGAUAAGUUGCACAAGACAAGGCUACAUAUUGGGCAGCUGGUCAAAGAGACUUCAGCAAAACUAAGGGAAGCAAGUGAAGCUGAUCAAGAUGCAGAACCCUUAAAGAAGAUUGCUGAUGCUAAGCUUGCGAAAGAUUUUCAAGCUGCUCUUAAAGACUUCCAGAAGGCUCAAAGGCUUGCAGCUGAGAGAGAAACAGCAUAUACACCUUCUGCUCCCAAAGAAGUUCUUCCUUCCAGUUAUGCUGCCCAUGAGGUGGAGAACAAUUCAUCUAAGAGUUUUGAACAACAAAAUCUUCUGGUUACAAAAAGACAAGAAGUUGUACUGUUGGAGAAUGAAAUCACAUUUAAUGAAGCUAUUAUUGAAGAACGAGAGCAGGGGAUCAAAGAAGUUCAGCAACAGAUCAGUGAGGUGAAUGAGAUUUUCAAAGAUCUAGCAGAUUUGGUACAUGUGCAAGGGGGCAUGAUUGAUGACAUUGGUUCGAAUAUUGAAAAUUCCCAUUCUGCAACUGUGCAAGCUACUUCACAUCUUAAAAGGGCAUCCAAGAUCCAGAGAGCAAAUUCAUCAACAAGGUGUUUGCUGGUGUUAAUCUUUGGGAUCAUUCUCCUUAUUUUCAUCAUAGUUGUUGUGGCUUAAGCCUACAGAUUUGGCAUCUCGAGCUUAAAAGUUCUCCGAAGCAGUGAGUCGGGUGGUAUGCCGUCCAAAUCAUACAGUCAUAUGUAUAAUCUGUAAUACUAAUUUUUUAUGCUGUAGGUUAAGAUCCUCUAUGGAGGCUCUUUGUUUUGCAGCAAAGCAUGUAAAAUAGAUUGCCUCGUGUAAUAAAAUUUCAAAGUGAAAAAUUGUAUAUUCAAAUUGUUUGUAACAA